CUCCACCUUUCCUUGACCCUGUGACGUCUCUCGUCGGGGUUAAGGAAAAGUGAAUAUGAAAGGACUUAGGAGGUAAUUUUUGGACUUUUCGAACGCACCCCUGUGUUUGCCUAACCAGGUAGACCUGCUCCGUUUGAGAGCGGCUGUUGUGAGGAAGUGACGGCGUCCUCUCAGCCACGAGGAGAGACGAGGAGAGUGUCAGCUGAGCUCAGACCAGCAGGCGGGGCCAUGAGUCACAGAGAGGAGGGAGCCCCUCCCUGUAAAAGAAUUCUGUGUGGGGACCAUGAAGGCCAGACUGAAGCUCUGAGACCUGGACCUGCUCCCAGCUGUGUGUCCUUCAAAAGUGACGCAUCCGUUCAAAGAUUUGUUGAGUUUCAUGAUGGACAUCAGUCUGACUCUCAGAGACCUGGACCUGCUCCCAGCUGGGAGUCCUUCAGCAGUGAUCGGUCUAUUGGUGAACCUCUAUCCUUCAGAGACGGGCGUCAGUCUGGUCUACUGAAACCUGGACCUGCUCCCAGCUGUGUGUCCUUCAAAAGUGACGCAUCCGUUCAAAGAUUUGUUGAGUUUCAUGAUGGACAUCAGUCUGACUCUCAGAGACCUGGACCUGCUCCCAGCUGGGAGUCCUUCAGCAGUGAUCGGUCUAUUGGUGAACCUCUAUCCUUCAGAGACGGGCGUCAGUCUGGUCUACUGAAAGAUCAGCAGCAGGGAUCAGACGCUCCCAUUGGUCAGUCUACCUGGGGCCAGCAAACCCAGCUGGACUCCAUUUUUAUGCUCCUGGAGCAGAAUAUUGUCCACUUUGUGAAGAGUGAGCUGAAGAAGAUCAAGAGAGUUCUGAGUCCAGAUUACCCAGAAUGCUUAGUACUGGAUGAUGAGGAGGAGGAGCAGAGGAGGAGCAGCAGAGAGGCGUUUCUGAAGAUCACGCUGUACUUCCUGAGGAGGAUGAAGCAGGAGCAGCUGGCCGACUGUCUACAGAGCAAGACUGUUGCUUCAAACUGCAGACAUGAACUGAGGUCUAACCUGAAGCAGAAGUUCCAGUGUGUGUUUGAGGGGAUCGCUAAAGCAGGAAACCCAACCCUUCUGAACCAGAUCUACACAGAGCUCUACAUCACUGAGGGAGGGACUGGAGAGGUCAACAAGGAACACGAGGUCAGACAGAUCGAAACAACAUCCAGGAGACCACACAGACCAGAGACUACCAUCAGACAGGAAGACGUCUUUAAAGCUCCACCUGGAAGAGAUGGACCAAUCAGGACAGUGAUGACGAAGGGCAUGGCUGGCAUCGGGAAAACAGUCUUAACCCAGAAGUUCACUCUGGACUGGGCUGAAGGCAAAGCCAACCAGGACAUCCAGUUCACAUUUCCAUUCACUUUCAGAGAGCUGAAUGUGCUGAAAGAGAAAGAGUUCAGCUUGGUGGAGCUCCUUCAUCACUUCUUUACUGAAACCAAAGAAGCAGGACUCUGCAGGUUUGAGGACUUCCAGGUGGUCUUCAUCUUUGACGGUCUGGAUGAGUGUCGACUUCCUCUGGACUUCACCAACAAUGAGAUCCUGACUGAUGUUAGCCAGUCCACCUCAGUGGGUGUGCUGCUGACUAACCUCAUCAGGGGGAAUCUGCUUCCAUCUGCUCGCCUCUGGAUAACCACACGACCUGCAGCAGCCAAUCAGAUCCCUCCUGGGUGUGUUGACAUGGUGACAGAGGUCAGAGGGUUCACUGACCCUCAGAAGGAGGAGUACUUCAGGAAGAGGUUCAGAGAUGAGGAUCAGGCCAGCACAAUCAUCUCCCACCUCAAGACCUCCAGAAGCCUCCACAUCAUGUGCCACAUCCCGGUCUUCUGCUGGAUCACUGCUACCGUUCUGGAGGAUCUGCUGAAGAAUAUUUGGGCAGAAGAUCUUCCCGAGACCCUGACUGAGAUGUUCAUCUACUUCCUGGUGGUUCAGACCAAACUGAAGAGCAUCAAGUAUGAUGGAGGAGCUGAGACUGGUCCACACUGGAGUCCAGAGACCAGGAAGAUGAUGGAGUCUCUGGGUAAGCUGGCUUUUGAGCAGCUGCAGAAAGGAAACCUGAUCUUCUAUGAACCAGACCUGAUGGAGUGUGGCAUCGAUAUCAGAGAAGCCUCCUGGUACUCAGGAGUGUUCACACAGGUCUUCAGAGAGGAGAGAGGACUGUACCAGGACCAGGUCUUCUGCUUCAUCCAUCUGAGUGUUCAGGAGUUUCUGGCUGCUCUUCAUGUCCAUCAGACCUUCUUCAACUCUGGAGUCAAUCUGAUGGCAGACGGCUCUUCAACGUCCUAUGAAUCACCAGUGACAAAGUUUUACCGGAGCGCCGUGGACCAGGCCUUACACAGUCCAAACGGACACCUCGACCUGUUCCUCCGCUUCCUGCUGGGUCUUUCAUUGGGCACCAAUCAGAAUCUCCUACGAGGUCUGCUCACAAAGACAGGAAGUGGCUCACAGACCAAUGAGGAUGCAGUCCUAUACAUCAGGAAUAAGAUCUGUGGGAAUAUUCCUGCAGAGAAAAGCAUCAACCUGUUCCACUGUCUGAAUGAACUGAAUGAUUGUUUUCUAAUAAAUCAUAUCCAACAGGCCCUGAGAUCAGGAAGUCUCUCAGAUGAACUGUCCUCUCUAGAGUGGUCAGCUCUGGCCUUCAUCCUGCUGUCAUCAGAAAACCAUCUGGACGUGUUUGACCUGAAGACAUUCUCUGCUUCAGAGGAGGUUCUUUGGAGGCUGCUGCCGGUGGUCAAAGCCUCCAACAAAGCUGUGCUGAAUGGAUGUAAUCUGUCAGAGGGAAGCUGUAGAGAUCUGUCCUCAGUCCUCAGCUCCCAGUCAUCCCCUCUGACAUGUCUGGACCUGAGCCACAACGACCUGCAGGAUUCAGGAGUGAAGCUGCUGUCUGCUGGACUGAAGAGUCCCCACUGUUACCUGGAAACUCUCAGGCUGAGUGGAUGUAACCUGUCAGAGAGGAGCUGUAGGACUCUGUCCUCAGUCUUCACCUCCCAGUCCUCCAGUCUGAGAGAGCUGGACCUGAGUAACAAUGACCUCCAGGAUCCAGGGGUGAAACUGCUUUCUGCUGGACUGGCCAGUCCACUCUGUGAACUGGAAUCUCUCAGUUUAUCAGGCUGUCUGAUCACAGAGGAAGGCUGCUCCUCUCUGGCCUCAGCUCUGAAGUCCAACCCCUCACAUCUAAGAGAUCUGGACCUGAGCUACAACCAUCCAGGAGAGUCUGGAGCAAAGAGGCUGUCUGCUGGACUGGAGGAUCCACUCUGGAGACUGGACACUCUAAGGAUGGACCAUGGUGGAGCCCAGAGGUUGAUACCUGGUCUGAAGAAGUAUUCCUGCAGACUGAUCUUGGACUCAAACACGGCACACGGAAACCUCAGACUGUCUGAGAACAACAGGAUGGUGACCUGUGUGAGAGGGGGUCAGUCCUAUCCUGAUCAUCCUGACAGGUUUGACUACUGGCCUCAGCUGCUGUGUGAGACUGGUCUGACUGGUCGCUGUUACUGGGAGGUGGAGUGGAGAGGAAACGUUUCAGUGUCAGUCAGCUCUAGAGGAAUCAGAAGGAAAGGAGACGGUCGUGAGGGUGUGUUUGGAUGCAACGAUCACUCCUGGAGUCUGAGCUGCACAGGCGACAGUUACGCUGUCUGGCACGACGACAGAAGAACAGACCUCCAGGUCUCCUCGUCCUCCGUCUCCCACAGAGUAGCAGUGUACGUGGACUGUUCUGCUGGGUCUCUGUCCUUCUACAGAGUCUCCUCUGACACUCUGGUCCACCUCCACACCUUCGACACCACCUCCUCUGAACCUCUCUAUCCUGGGUUUGGCUUUGGGCUGUGGUUCAAUUCCUCAGUGUCUCUGUGCUCUUCCUAGGAGACAGUCUCCUCCUCCUCACCAGCCAAAGAUCCAGAUCAUCUAAGAGCAGAUCAAAUCCAUGUGAAUUCUUUUUUUAUUCACAUGCUUUGCUGUCCCUCUCUGCACACUUUUCUUAAGGCACAGCAUGAUGUAAGAUAAGUCCACCCCUCCUCCUUAAUGUCUGAAAAAAAAAAAAAGUAUAAAGGUGAAUCCUCCAAGGAUCACCUUUCCAUUGAGACCAGGAUGAUGUCUAUAUGUUGAAGCAUUCAGGAUUAGCAGCCUUGUUAUUGUAGGUGUGUAUGGUUACCAUGGUAACCAAGGGUCAUUUCUGGAGUCUCCAGAAUGAAACACCAGGACUUUCCUCUUAAAAACAGCUUUAAAAUCCUCAUUUUCUGUCCAGUUGAGUUUUCAGUGUAACCCCUCCCACCUACAGUCUCUGUUUCACUACAGAAAUUUAAUCAGACUACAAAACAUUUAGUUUUUUGUCAUAUUUUCUCCGUACCAGUAGUUACAGAGAGUCUAACCGUUUGGGAAGGAACCUCAGUGUUAAAGUUUAAAAGGCACCUUGGAUAUGCUUGUACUCUAAAUCAGUGGUUCUCAACCUUGGGGCCGACCCCCAGACACUAAGAGAGGGUCAGAGGUGUCAAGUAACUAAGUACAAAUACUUCAUUACCUUACUUAAGUAGAAAUUUUGGGUAUCUAUACUUUACUGGAGUAAUAAUUUCUCCGCCUACCUUUCACUUUUACUCCUUAGAUUUUAAAAAUAGCGUCAUUACUCCUAUUUCAUUUCAGCUUGUUUUCAUUCCGGCUUGUCAUCGUUCAAAAAAACACA